UUCAAAAUGCAUUGAAUAAACAAUGGUUUUUACUUUACUCCGCCCUUGUUAUCGAGCACAUUCAAAAUGGUCGCAGCAGCUUCAGUCCCAAGUCAAAUGUAACUUCGAAUUUGUCACCACCCACUGCGUUGUAACCUAAUGAGACCGAUGGUUAAAGGCACAACUGGGCCCCCCAGCAGAUAUGCUACUUGUGACUGGUAUUACAAUGCUCCAUUAAAAAAAAUGGAUAAGGAAGAAAGUGAAGUUGCUAUUCCUCCCACCUCACAAAUUCCAGGCCUGGGGGAUAUGUCAGAAUCUGAUGAGCAUGUAAAUGAAGGUCGUCGUCACUGCAUCAUGGACACGGACUCGGAUUAUGUCAAACUGGCAAAGCAGGGUGGUCGCCCAGAUUUGUUGAAACAAAGCACGCCUGUACCAAGGAAAGCUUCUGAAGUGUCUCAUGGUCUGCCAGAAUGGUAUACUCACGAAAGCCCAGUGCCAGAAGCAGAGUCCUCUGGACCUUAUAUGAGUCACUUACCUGAUUACAUGACCCAUAAGGAAACUGAAACAGAAGAAAAUGAAAUCAAAUAUGAAGGAAAAAGAGGCCCUUUUGAUUUUGACCAGCAGUCCUAUUGGCAGAGGAAGUCUGACAAUGGAAAAGAAAAUGUUGACCAUAAAAAGCAGGUCAAACUGCCAGCGAUAAAAUCAAGCUUUGUGAAUGAACCCUCCGCUGAAAAAGGACCUCCUAUCGGGCAGGGCAAGUUGGCUAAAAAGUGUUUCUUUCCACCAAUGCCACAGCCCAGAAAUGCUGAAAAUGUUAACUUCAGUAAGUUGAUGGGUAAUGGAUAUGGAAAUGACUGGUAUCAGCAGCGUGAAGAUAAGGAGAAGUCACUGCAAGAUCCAGAGACAUGCCAGCAGGAAUAGACUGCACAAAGAACUCAGAAAUGAAAAAGCUUUAGUAACAUUUGAAGCAGAAAUAACAUCUUAGUGACUUUAUUGCUAUAAAAUUUCAGAUCAAUGCAUCAAAUACUUUGUAAUGUUGUUAUGUGCUAUUCUCAUUAUCUAAAUAUGCUAAAAGAAAAUAAGAUGUAUUUUGAAAUAAAUCUUCUUUGAAUUGAUCUAAAAAUCAAUUGUCAGAUACAAUGAGAUCACAGGUGCACUUUCAGUUAGUUUUGUGGCGGUGCAAACAUGACUUGGAUCCUCCAGGCACAAGAUAAAGGCUUUUUCUGCUCUGCCCAUUUGAAGGGACAUGAAACUACUUUUUUUUUUCUUUCAGGAUUCAUGCCGAGCAUACAAUUUUAAACAACUUUCAAAUGUAUUACUAUCAAAUUUUGCUUCUUUCUCUUGGUAUCCUUUAUUGAAGAAGCAGCAAUGCACUACUGGGAGCCAGCUGAACACAUCAGUAAGCCAAUGAUAAGAGGUAUAUAUGUGCAGCCAUCAAACGGCUACAUUCAAGCUGAUCCUACCUAGGUAUGCUUUUUUACAAAGGAUAAAGAGAGUACAAAGCAAAUUUAAUAAUUUUGUUAAAUAGUUUAAAAUUGUGUGCUCUGUCUGAAUCAUGAAAGAAAAUGUUGGGAUUUCAUGUCCCUUUAAAUCUAUGCACUGUAUCCACGUGCUGGCUUUCUGCACAGAAUUGAACUAAGGAAUGUUGAUAUAGUCGUCUGUUCUAGAAAACAAUGAAAGAUUUAGAACUACAUCUUGUUUUCAUGCAAAAAAUGUUUAAUAUUUACAGACUACUAUUUUAACUGUGUAUUAGAAUAUGUUGUCAAUUUUUAAUGUUGCUUUAUAGAAUGUUAGUUAUUUUGAAUGGGCUUAAACAAAUAAAAAGUUAGUAUAAAUGUU